UGUAGAUGGCGUCUAUUGCUCCGCCGAAUACCCUGUACGGCAAAUGCGCCACUAGUAGAAAGCCAAAUAAGCCAAAGAAGCCACCUAAUAAAAUGGAAGCUAGGUUUGGCCAAAAUGUUUCAGGCAUGAUACAAUUUUACUUCACGAAAUAACUCGGGUAGUUGCUCUCCAUAAUAAAUCUCGGCCAUCUGCGUCACCGUGGAUCGAUCAAGGUACUAAUACCUUCAUCAACACUUUUAUCUCUCGCGGCAGCGUACCUAGCUACCUAUACCUCAUUACCUUCCUUCUCAAUCAUCAUUUAUCACGUCGCCUUAGAUUCACAAUGGGUUUAAUGGAAAAGUUGAAUCUUAAGCCUGGUGUCAUCUACGGCCAGGAUGUCUACAAGUUGUUCCAGUACGCCAAAGAAAACGAGUUCGCUCUCCCCGCUGUCAAUGUGACCUCGUCCUCUACUGUCGUUGCUGUUCUUGAGGCUGCCAAGGAGUCGAGAGCACCUGUUGUUAUUCAGGUUUCCAAUGGAGGUGCAGCUUUCUUCGCUGGCAAGUCCAUCCCGAACACAAACCAAGAAGCCUCCGUUGCUGGUGCCAUUGCUGCCGCUCACUAUAUCCGCGCAAUUGCCCCUGUUUACGGUGUCCCCGUUAUCCUACACAGUGACCACUGUGCCAAGAAGCUACUACCGUGGCUGGAUGGCAUGAUUGAUGCCGAUGAGGCAUUCUUUAAGGAGCACGGCACACCUCUGUUCAGCAGCCAUAUGAUCGAUCUAUCGGAAGAAGACCUCAAGUACAACAUUGAGACAACAGCCAAAUACCUAAAGCGAUCUCAGCCGUUGGGCCUGUGGUUGGAAAUGGAAGUCGGCUUAACGGGUGGUGAGGAGGACGGUGUCAACAACGAAGAUGUCGACAACAACUCCCUCUACACGCAGCCCGAGGAUAUCCUUGCCAUCUAUGAGGCACUUAGCCCCAUCUCUAACCUGUUCAGCAUUGCCGCUGGCUUCGGCAAUGUCCACGGUGUCUACCAGCCGGGCAACGUAAAGCUCCACCCCGAACUCCUCGGCAAGCACCAAGCCCAUGUUGCCCAGAAGCUCGGAGACGGUCAGGCGAAGCCAGUCUUCUUCGUCUUCCACGGCGGCUCUGGCUCGAGCAAGGCAGAGUUCCUGGAGGCUAUAUCUCACGGUGUCGUCAAGGUCAACCUCGACACCGAUCUCCAGUGGGCCUACCUCGUCGGUCACCGAGACUACAUCCUAAACAACAUCGACUACCUAAGAACUCAGGUCGGCAACCCUGAGGGUCCCCACAAGCCGAACAAGAAGAAGUACGACCCCCGUGUGUGGGUAAGGGAAGGUGAGAAGACGAUGAAGGCCCGUGUUAUCGAGGCACUUGAGGAUUUCCGCACAGCCGGCAAGCUAUAAAUAAAUUAAUCAAAUAGGGGCGUUGUCAGACGAGGUUACCAUGAAGAGGUUUCUAAAAUAGUCAUAAGUUGAUAUAGCCUAUCUUGAGCUUUUCCACCACAGUUUUAAGGAUUGAUUUGAUCACUACUACCUGGUUGCACAGUAAAUUUGAUAGCGUUGAUGAUUUCAUAGACUGUACAUGUUUCCCGUGUGUCCUUGCCGUCGGUAACGUGGAAUGCACCCAAUAUUUCAGACGCGAAUAACCGAGGCCCGGAUUUGUCCACAGACGAUAGCCAAGGAUCGGGAUCGGAUGAGAAAUUCCGUCAAUCAAACACAUCAGAAUGGGAAUAUUAGGUGAUUGCAUCCGCUCGUAACAGACUAACCUAGGACAUUCAUUACAGGCUCUACUCUACCUUUUUGUCGUGUGGCCAAACAUGCAAUAAGACUCACUCAGGAAUAAGGUAGGACCUAAUGUCAGCUUUAGGAGAGUGUUGGUAACGCAUUACAAUAGUGUGUCAACCAUCCUAAUGUUACCUAGGUACUGUCGAGUGCGGGGUUUCCCCGUACUCCAAAGUUGUGCAUUCGGAUUCACUGUCGCAGUGUACGGACCGUAGGUAUCUUCAAAAAUCGCUAGCAUUGUCACCAAGGUGUUUUUGUAACAUGACAAAAAGAGACGUAGCAUAGCACAUAAUCGGAAUACGUGUAGGUACGUUGUGAGUCGCUAUCAACC